AUGUCUUCUUCCCUUAUCUUCAAGCUCGUCGUAUUAUUUGGCCUCUUCACUAGUCUGCUCGCUUCUAGCUUGGAUUCUGACAAUGAUGGUCGAAAGAUUUAUAUUGUGUACUUGGGGAACAAGCCAGAGGAUUCAGCUUCCACUCCUUCGCAUCACAUGAGAAUGUUGGAAGAAGUAGUUGGCAGCACAUUUGCUCCAGAUGCUCUACUCCAUAGCUACAAGAGAAGUUUCAAUGGAUUCGUGGUGAAGCUCACUGAAGAAGAAGCUCAAAAGAUUUCUGCUAAGGAGGGUGUUGUCUCUGUGUUUCCAAAUGAAAAGAAACAUCUACAUACGACAAGAUCAUGGGAUUUCAUGGGAUUUACUAAAAAUGUUCCUCGUGUAAAACAAGUUGAAAGCAACAUAGUGGUCGGAGUUUUGGACUCCGGAAUUUGGCCAGAGUCUCCCAGCUUUAGUGACGUAGGUUAUGGCCCUCCACCCGCUAAAUGGAAGGGUGCUUGUCAAACCUCUGCAAACUUUCGUUGCAACAGAAAAAUCAUUGGAGCUCGAGCAUAUCGUGGCGACAACUUUUUUCCUCCGGGAGACAUUAGAAGUCCAAGAGAUUCAGACGGCCACGGGACACACACUGCAUCGACGGUGGCGGGUGGUCUCGUGAAUCAAGCAAGUUUAUACGGUCUUGCGCUCGGCACAGCUAGAGGAGGGGUUCCCUCUGCACGCAUCGCUGUGUACAAGAUAUGUUGGUCCGAUGGGUGCUACGAUGCCGACAUUCUUGCAGCAUUCGACGAUGCAAUUGCCGACGGUGUUGAUAUCAUAUCUCUUUCGGUUGGAGGGAACAAACCCAAGUAUUACUUCAAUGAUUCAAUUGCCAUUGGAGCUUUCCACUCCAUGAAGCAUGGAAUAUUGACCUCCAACUCUGCUGGAAAUGAUGGCCCUGACUACUUCACCAUCAGAAAUUUCUCUCCAUGGUCUCUUUCUGUGGCUGCAAGCUCCAUUGACAGAAAGUUGGUGUCAAAUGUUCAGCUUGGCAACAAGAAUAUUUAUCAGGGAUAUACGAUUAACACAUUUGAUCUUAAAGGAAAACAAUAUCCCCUAAUUUAUGCUGGAAAUGCACCAAAUAUCUCUGGAGGAUUUACUGGCUCCAGCUCCAGAUUUUGCUCCAAAAACUCAGUGGAUCGCAACUUGGUGAAGGGAAAAAUCGUUCUUUGUGACUCUGUAUUGGCUCCUGCAACAUUUGCUUCCUUGAAUGGCGCAAUGGGUGUUAUUAUGAAUGAUGCUGGAGUGAAGGAUAAUGCAAGAUCCUAUCCCUUGCCUUCCUCCUACCUCGGCACUGUGGCCGGUGACAAUGUCAAAACCUACAUGGAUCAGAACAAGUACGUUUCGACAACACGAUAUCAUUUUUCAAUCGACAGAUUUCCAACUGCAACCAUUUUCAAGAGUAAUGCAGUGAAUGAUACAUCUGCUCCUUGGAUAGUUUCUUUCUCCUCUAGAGGUCCCAACCCUGAAACCUACGACAUUCUCAAGCCGGAUUUGACCGCCCCAGGAGUUGAAAUUCUUGCUGCAUGGUCUCCGAUUGCAACGGUCUCCAGCGGAGUUAGAGAUCCAAGGACGACGCUCUAUAAUAUAAUUUCGGGGACGUCGAUGUCUUGCCCACAUGCCACUGCAGCUGCUGUUUAUGUGAAAACAUUCCAUCCCACAUGGUCUCCCGCUGCCAUUAAAUCAGCUCUCAUGACAACAGCUACUCCCAUGAAUGCCAAGCUCAAUCCCCAAGUAGAGUUUGCAUAUGGUGCAGGCCAUAUCAACCCACUCAAAGCGGUACAUCCAGGGUUGUUGUACGACGCAUACGAAAGCGACUACGUUAGAUUCUUGUGUGGCCAAGGUUACACCACCGCCAUGGUUCGCCGCCUCUCAGGCGACAACAGUGCUUGUAGUCGCGCCAACUCCGGCCGAAUUUGGGAUCUAAACUAUCCUUCCUUUGCUCUUUCUUCCACUAGUCCACACUCCUUCAACCAAUUCUUCAGAAGAACUGUCACAAACGUUGGCUCGAAAGUUUCAACAUAUAGAGCUAAGGUUGUUGGCGCCCCACGAGGCCUUACAAUCACAGUGAACCCUUCGGUUCUGUCAUUCAAUGCCAUUGGACAGAAGAAAUCCUUCACAUUGACAAUUCGUGGAUCUGUUAGUCAAAGCAUAGUCUCUGCUUCUUUGGUGUGGAGCGAUGGUUAUCACAAUGUGAGAAGUCCCAUCACAAUAACAUCAUUGGUAACAACACAAAACAAGCCCUAACAACAAGAGCUUUCAGAGCAAUUCAAAUCAUAAAUCAUAAGUCCAGAGCAGAAUCAAACCAUAAACCAUAAGUCUAGAGCAGCACCAACCGAAACACUAGAUC